AUGACACGAGCGCAGCAGACAAUCUCCGUGCUCCUUUUGCUCUCCUCUCUCUAUCUAGCUUUGUACCUUGGCCUCAUCCCCAUCAACGAAACCGUGCAGAAGGAGAUUGUCCCCGUUCUGCCCUUCUACGGUCUCAUCGUUCUUGCCUGUUUCCUCGGUGCACGCCUCGGCUAUAUGAUCCUGACGUUCAACGAUGUUCCCGAAGAGCACAAAUUGCUGCAGAAGGAGAUUGAGCAGGCCAGGGCUGAACUCCGUCAGAAGAAGGUCGAUGUUUACUAA